GUUCGGGCAUAGGGAAUGAGGAUGCUCGGCGGCAGAAGCAGCGGCGCUAGCGAGGUGCGCAAGCUGGGAGAGGAAGGACGGGGAGGGGUCGGGACUCGGGACAGGACGGGAGUGGACUGGAGAGGGACACCAGCUGCCGGACCCCGCCAUUGGCUCCGUGGCGCUGGCCCGCCUGACGUGAGGCUGUGCUUUGCCAGGCCACGGUCCCUCUCGGCACACGCGCCGACUUGGCUUCCCUCGCGGCGAUUUUGACAGUGUUACCUGUGGCAACUCCAGCUGAGACUAAAGGUCGGGAAACUGCCCUGUCAGUACCAACAACAAUAAUAAGUCAUUUAAGGUUUCUUUGACUUGAUGCUUGUACUUUAUUGUUUGUUACAAGAUUAUCAGAUCAGCUGCUGCUAGAGAAGGUGGCAAUGCAAGUUCUAUUAGUGAACUAAACAGAUGAUAAAUGGCUGCAUCAGAUAGCAAUAUGGCUCGGUAGCCAAGGUGAACAAGACUUUGUUGAUCUCUAUGUGAUAUGUCAAGCUGUUCUGCAUAGUUUAUAUUCUUCAGAAAUGGACACAAUGAAGCUAAAACAUAAUAUCAACCCUUUUCUUCUUCAUGUUAUAAAGUUUGUAAUCCUGAUAUAUACAAUUAUAACCUAUAUCCCAUGGUAUAUAUUUUCUGGAUCAAGAUAUGCCAUCGCCAAAUCAAGGAAAAUUAAAGCAAAACCAGUGAAUAACAAGCCAGGUAGUGCAUACAGAUCUGUUAACAGUUUGCAUUGUUUAGCAUCUGUGUUAUAUCCUGGAUGUGAUACGCUCGACAAAGUUUUCAAGUACGCCACAAGUAAAUUUAAGGAUAAAAAACUCUUGGGAACACGGGAAAUCUUAAAGGAAGAAGAUGAAAUCCAGCCAUCUGGAAAAGUUUUUAAAAAGGUCAUCCUUGGAAAAUAUAGCUGGCUUUCGUAUGAAGAUGUUUACAAUAAAGCUAAUAACUUUGGGAAAGGAUUAGCAGUGUUAGGCCAGCAACCAAAGACAACCAUCGCCAUCUUCUGUGAGACUCGAGCAGAAUGGAUGAUCGCUGCACAAGCUUGUUUCAUGAACAACUAUCAGCUUGUUACACUAUAUGCUACUCUGGGCGGCCCUGCAAUAGUACAUGGAUUGAAUGAAACUGAAGUGACAACUAUUAUUACUAGCAGGGAACUGAUGCAAACAAAAUUAAAGAGUAUUGCAACUCAGAUUCCACGACUGCGCCAUAUUAUUACUGUGGAUGGCAAACCAACAACAUGGUCAGAAUUCCCCAAGGGUGUAAUUGUUCACACUAUGCUAUCUGUUCAAGCUAUGGGAGCAAAAGCAGAAAAUAUGUCACUGAACAAACAGAAGAUGAGACCAGUAUCAUCAGAUAUUGCAGUCAUUAUGUACACAAGUGGUUCUACAGGAAUUCCCAAAGGAGUUAUGAUUUCACAUUGUAACCUUAUUUCUGGUAUAACUGGAAUGGCUGAAAGGAUUCCUCAUCUGGGAGAGAAAGAUACUUACAUUGGAUACCUGCCUCUUGCUCAUGUUCUGGAGUUAAGUGCUGAACUUGUUUGCUUGGCCCAUGGAUGCCGCAUUGGCUACUCAUCACCUCAGACUCUAAGUGACCAGUCCUCUAAAAUUAAAAAAGGAAGUAAAGGUGAUGUUUCUACACUGAAGCCAACUCUAAUGGCUGCUGUGCCGGAAAUCAUGGAUCGAAUCUACAAAAAUGUCAUGAGUAGAGUUAAUGAAAUGUCCAGUUUCCAGCGUAAUCUGUUUCUAUUGGCUUACAAUUACAAGAUGGAACAGAUUUCAAAAGGUUACACGACUCCACUCUGUGACAGUCUUAUUUUUCGGAAAGUCCGAAUGCUGCUAGGUGGGAAGAUUCGGGUCUUGUUGUGUGGAGGAGCUCCGCUUUCUGCAGCAACACAAAGAUUUAUGAACAUCUGCUUCUGCUGCCCUGUGGGACAGGGAUAUGGCCUAACAGAAUCCUCUGGGGCUGGAACAAUAACUGAAAUUUGGGACUAUACAACAGGCAGAGUGGGUGCGCCCUUGGUGUGCUGUGAAAUCAAACUAGUGAAUUGGAAAGAAGGUGGAUACUUUAACACCGAUAAACCACAUCCUAGAGGUGAGAUUCUUAUUGGAGGCCAAAAUGUGACAAUGGGCUACUACAAAAAUGGAGAACGAACCAAAGCAGAUUUUAUGGUAGAUGAGAAUGGACAGAGGUGGCUUUACACUGGAGACAUUGGGGAAUUUCAUGACGAUGGGUGUUUAAAAAUUAUUGAUCGUAAAAAAGAUCUUGUAAAACUUCAAGCGGGAGAAUACAUUUCUCUUGGUAAAGUUGAAGCAGCUUUGAAAAAUCUUCCACUGGUAGAUAAUAUUUGUGUAUAUGCAAACAGUUUCCAGUCUUACAUCAUUGGAUUUGUUGUGCCAAACCAUAAAGAACUUACAGAGCUAGCAAGAAAGAGAGGAUUUAAAGGAACCUGGGAAGAGAUAUGUAACUCUGCUGAAAUGGAGAAAGAAGUACAAAACGUUUUAGCAAAUGCUGCUCACACAGCAAAUCUGGAGAAAUUUGAAAUUCCACUGAAAAUUCGUUUGUGCCCUGACCCUUGGACACCAGAGACUGGCUUGGUGACGGAUGCCUUCAAAUUAAAACGUAAAGAGCUUACUGCACACUACCAGGCAGAUAUUAAUCAAAUGUAUGGAACAAAAGUAAAAUAAUUCCUCUUUUCUUGCACCAGUUUGCUAUGGUGAGCUCAGAUCAAAUAGGAAAUACUUGAAUCACAUGUCUCAUCACUUGGGACCAAUAUAAAAACAUCUUUCAUCACUUUCAGUUUAUGCUGAAAAUAUCAACAUCUUUAAACUGGCAGGAUUAGUAAAAUUUUAAGGCAGCAAACUUGUGUGUCUGUCUCCUUUUUUCCCCAGUUUCCUUUGCUACCUUGUCAGUGUGUGACUUUUCCUAAAAGUCCUUUUGGACAAACAUGAUUUUGAAGCCUCAAGUUUUUAAACCUGAUUUAUAAAUCCUGUAUAAUGUUCUGUUUGUAACUUUUUGAAGUUUAGAUAUAUAGAGGGAUAACUUGGCUAAAAGAUUAGCUUGGGGGGCCUUUUCUACAUAAGUAUUUAAAUUUUAAAGAAAUAUCAAUGUGAAAUUAUGAACAAUUAAAUGACUUAUAGGUAAAAAAAAUCAUUGUUGGCCAGAAGACCAGAUUAUUUGUUGCUGUGCAAUUGUUUUGUAUAAAAUUAAAAGAGAAAUAGUCUGAUAUUCUGAUGUUAUUGAACAGCAGCUGAAGUAUGUGCCUGACAGUUUCCUCCGACCUAUAUAUUUUAUUUUUAUCUGAAAUAAGGAAAAAUGGUCAUGGCAAAACAUUGUAAAUAAGCAGGUGUACCUGCAGAACAAGCCGUUUGAAGACUUUAUUCAUGCAAAGUUUUCUCUUUUAACAUGGCAAAUGUUACAUCUAAGCUCAAUUUGUCUAACAGAUAUAGUUUACUUUUCAAAAAUUAUUGAGGCCAUUUUAUAAAGAAAAAAAUAAUGAGAAAAAAUAGUGAGAACUCAGUUUAAAAAAUAAAUGCAUCCCAAUGUUCAACAUUGUCUUUUUCAAAUGAUAAAGAGUUUUACCAGCUUUACAGUUCAGGCUUGCUGUCUUGUUUUGUAUAAAUCAAAACUUAUAGUCCAGUUCAAGGCUAGCUGAUGCUCAAAUGUUCAAGAAUACAGUCCAUUAUGAAGUUUUCUUGCAAAUUUCCAGACACAACAUGUUGAAGUUGCAUUCGUGCAAAUCUGUCACGAUAGGACUUGCAGAAGAAAAAUUGAUGGUGGAUUGUGCUCUUUGUGAAGGGAACUUUUCAGAUAUGCAGGUUGUGGGUGAAUGCUGGUGGAAAUUUUAAUUCUAGGUACAUUAUGUUGGACAUCAGUUUUGCUCAUUCUCAUAAAGCAUCUUUCUACAUUAAGUAUGCACGGGAUCAUAACUUGUAUCACAUUUAUUUGUAUGUUUCAUUGUUGUGCCCAAAAUAUUUAGUUUGAAAAUAGCUUUCAUUAUAAAUUCACAUGUUGGCCUCCAUAAAUGUAGAAACUAACUGCAGAAAGCUUUGCACAGGCAAUUGGGGAUGAAUGUAAAAGUGAUUUUCUUGACAUUCAAGAGAAUGGUGCAGUCCCUGUUUCUUCCAGAGUUCUAUAUGUGCAGCUGAACCUUGUGGAUCUCCAGAUUAGUGUGCUGAGUUGAAAAUUCUGGGUACCACUUUAGUCUAUAUUUGCAGAGCCUUUCACCAGCAUGUUUUUUCAUUAUGAUAUUAAAAACACAUCGUAUUGGACGCUUGAUAUUAUGAACGGCAUCCAUUAGUUAACUUUAUCUGUGCAACUGUGCAAGGUUUUAAUUGGUAAGAAUUCAGUUCUUUUCCUAAAAAAAGUAUAAGAAUUGUAGUAUUGGUAAUGGGUCUUUAGAUACUUAAGACUUUUGAUACAAUGCAAUCUGAGUUAAUCAAUUUUAGAUCCUGGUACCUGCAAUGGGAAAGUUACAGUGCUACCUUAUGCUGUAUGUAUGACUUAAAAUGCUGUAACUUGCUUUCGAUGGCACUGUGAAGCAGUUAACUUUCUCCCAUUGAAGGCAAUAUGAUUCAGAAAUGCUUACUUAGCAUUGGAUUAUGCCCGUCCCCUGUACUUGAUACAAUUCAUUAUUACUGUUUAUCGUUACUCUUAGAAAGCUUUAACUUGACAGAUUCAGGAAACAAAUUUACAGUUGUGGUUUAAUUGGAAAAUAAAUUUUGAAAUAUAAAGAGAAUAUGUGGAUUUCACCUGUGGAGUUUUGUUUCAUAUUGACAAGUAGAUGUUUUGUAAUAGCUAAAAUACAUUUUGAGUCAUUGCUUAGCAAAUGGAAAUAACUUGCACUGGUUUUGCCUCUCAAGAAUCUUGUUCAUUUGGCAUCAUGGAAUGAAAUUCCAGUAGAUUUAUUAAAAUCUUUUCAAAAAGUAUCAAAAAAACCUUUUAAAAGGCAUGAGCACCCACAGCCAUGCAUCUGUAACUGAAACAUUUGUAACUGAAAUCUAUGGCUCUUACAUGCCCUCUGUAGAUAGAACACAGUUGACAUAUGUGGCCUUUGCAAAUAUUUUAUGUUUUUGUUUAAUGUUGAGUUUCCAUGUAUCUGGUUCCUUUAUUAUGUUAUGAUGAUAUGGAGAUCUUUUUUAAUAAUCCAGGGAUGACAUUUGUGAGGGGUUUUGUACUGCAGCAUGAAACAAAGCAAUCUAUUCUUAGUAAAUGUUAAGUUCCAUGUUUACUGGUUCCAUGGGACCAAUCCCUGCCAAUUGCUAGAGUUUAUGAAUUAGAUACUAACAUUUUAUCUUUAGGAAUAGAAACCAGUUUAGCUUUUGUGUGCAUUACUAUGUGCUCUCUAUUUGAGGGUGUUUUAUAUAUGGCAAUUCAUAUGGAAGCUUUUCCAUGUUCACAGGGAAGGAACCAAAUAGCCUAACAUUUGGUUACUUGUAAAGUCUCAUGACUUUCGCUGAAUGGUUUUAAUACAUGUGGGUUCUUUUCUGCUUUUCAGAUUCAGGUAGUAAGACCAAACCAAUCAAAGUGAAACGAUCACUCCCCUUUUGAUCACUAAAAUUAUAAUGCAGGAGUUCCUUGCAGUUGUUUUUGAAUUUUCCCUAGUUGUCCUUUAAUACCUUAUGACUUGCUAAACUGUAUUUAGUUUGCUUGACCCCCUCUAGCUAUAAACCAUGAUGGGUGCUUGCCAAGGGACAACAGAUAGUAGAAAGUAAUAUUUUUAGGAACUAGAUCUGGAAGCAUGUUCUGAAACUUUAAAAACUUAAACACUUACUGCUGGAAGAUAGCCUCUUAUACAUUUUAAAUUUCUAGUAUUUUAGGGCCAAAUCAGAAGUUAUGCAAAUGACAUAUGCAAUAGCCCCCACCCCCAAGCUGGCUUAUGUGCUUUUAAUGAAAAGCAUACAAGAGAGGCUGAAAUCUUGAACAAAUGGAAAGGGGGAGGAGCUUCUUAACCUCCCUUUUCCAGCUGUUCUGCUCAACAUCUAUACCCCCACAGGGAGAGAUGGUAAGAAAGGAUGCUCUUUGCAAAGCUACUGUGAUGUUGCUGCUGAUUAGGGAAAAAACAGAUGGAGACAGAAGGGUUAUGUUGUUCUUCUCGUGCUGUUCCUCUUCAUUGGCAUUUUUUAUUUCCAGUUACAGAAGUUAUGAAAGAUAGAUUGCAGCAUUAAAAAUUAAAGCCUCUUCACGGCUUGGGAGCUGUCUCUCCAUGUGGCUGUGGUAUGUGGGCAGGGUUGACUGUGUGAGUCUUUCCCACUUAAUAAUUGUCUCACUGGGAACACUGUUUGUAGCUAUAUGGGGUCCUGCCACAAGGGAGUCACUCAGAUAUCACUGGACAAGUAAAGGAGAUUUUCAUUCUCUGAGAUAGAAUGUACACAGAAACUCAAGACAGUGACUCAUUUUAAGCAUUUUUAAAUUCUGCGGGGUUUAAUCAUAAGCCAUUUUGCUCCAAAUAUUGCAUGUAUCUUGUAACAAGGAUAAGCAAAGCUGUUUCAUAGAUGGGCAGGAGAAGAUGUCGACCCAGCGCUGCUUCUGCCCGAAAUUCAUUCAUUUCAUUAAGAUUUGUGACAGAGACCCAUGCAAGUUUCACUGAAAGGAGAACAGAAGCAGUGAUGGAUUGUACCUCUAUAUGCCAGAAAAACCUUGAACAGUUUUACUGAUUCUGCUGCUAUUGCAGUUUACAGAAACCACAUCUAUUUACCUCAAGGGGAAGCUGUCUUUUUAGCAGUUCAAUGUUUUCUGAAGUUAAGGCUAAAAGCAGUGUGCAAUUAAAAUUCACAAUGAAGCCUGUAAAUAUACUAUAGGCCAUUGCUUUUAAUAACAAUGAGGAAUUCUUUUGGAGUUGUGACAUUAAUGUGAUUCAUCCAUGAGAAUUUAUAUGGCAGUUUCAAUAUAAUAGAAACCCAUAGAAAAUAACUGUUCGUUGCCAACGUGCACAAGGUUUCCCUUUUUCCUCCUUUAGAUUUCCUCUUCCUCAUUGGACUCUUUAAAAAAAAAUGGUUUUUAGGUAUGUGAUAUUUGUGUUCUUCUGGGCUUGUAAGAGAAUUGUACUCAUCUGUUGUCUUCUAAACUGGCAAAAGGAAAGAAUUUAUACACAUUAGACAAAGCUGAAAAUUAACUGGAUGACCAGUUGUUUCGUUAUAGUAAUUGAUUAUUUAUGCAAAUUCAUUAAUCUUGGUUGUUAUUCUGAACUGCCUGAAAAUGUGUCUAUCAUAACUCAGUUAUAUUGUAUGAAUUAUUUAUUUGUAAUUGGACAUUUACACUUCAAAAAUAAAAUUAAAAUUGAGUUUCAC